AUGGAAGAAAAUGGAAACUCUGGAGGUAUCUAUAGACGGGGUAUGCAGCAACAUCGAGCAUUUUUCACAAAGGUUGAAGGUGAGUUAAAAGAUAAUCAGUACAAUAUUUCAUUUACCAUAUCAUGGAACCUGUACAAAUACACCAUGAUGCAACUAAUCUCACUGCAGAUCACAAUGGAGUUCGUCGAGAAACUGGACAUCAAACUAAAUACUUUGGAUGAUGUGUUAGUGAAACUAAAUAUUCUGGAAGAGGCAGUUUCGUGCAUGGGAAUUCAAAACUGUGGGGACCUCACAACUCGUCGGACUGAGGGCUCCGGCACGGUUAGACGAGCUACAUCGUCUAAAACUCAGGCUCGCGGUAGAGGUAGAGGCCUGGGGCAAAGGCUACCAAAAACCAUAAUACAAGACCACGAUACCGUGAUCAUGGUCCCAAUUGAUGAUGACCCCAGCUUCUCAUCUCCCAGUCAGAGGCAAUCUAAUGUUAGCAGUAGGAAAAUGAAAGCCCCAUUGACAUCAUCACACGUGGGUUCAGCACACAUCCCUUUACAGCCCAAUAAACCAAUGAACACAUUCAACCCGUCAUUAGCCGGGAGAAUGGGAAAACUGUCCGGGGGUACAUCCUCAACUCCGAGCUCGCACGGAUUGGUGAGGAGAUUUAGCUUGAAACAAAAUCCCCUGAAACGUGCCAUUAAAAUGCAAAAGACUACUGCAGGAUCUUCAGAGACAUGUGAACUAAGGUCCAAUACCGCAGACAGUUCACACACACCUCCUGUGGUCAGACUUAGGUCUUCUGAGGCUGCAUCAACUACCAUUCACGGAUUGACAAUGCCAGCGUAUAUAAAGUGCAAGUUCAGACCAACAGUGGAGAUGGAGUUGAGUGCUAAAAAAAUACAGUUAUGUGCAUAUGUGUGGCAUGUGGGGGACGAAGAAAGGUAUUAUGCAUUAUGUUAUUACAAAUUCCUUCCUUAUUCAUAA